AUGACCAAGUUAUCCGCCUUGCUGUACAUUGUCGUUCAAAUUGGAUUGCACAUCUCCAAAACUUAUGUCUCUGCUCAAUCUACUACGCCACCUACUAAUGUCCAACAAUCUGAAGUUAUUAAUCAAACCGACUUGUCAAACACCAACCAACCAACCGCUGGAACGACCACCAUUAGCUCACCUGUUUGGGAGAACGUUACGUCGAUGACUAGUUUCCUUACGACGGAGCCAUCAGCGAGUUCCACAACAGAAAAUCCCGAGCCGGAAAACGAUUACGUCAAGUUGGACCACGACCUAUUUUUGUGCACUUGCGACUUGAUAGGUGGGCAGUGUGACGUCAAUUGCUGCUGUGAUCCGGAAUGCAGUCUGGACGACCGUCGUCUUUUCAGCCGGUGUUGGUCGCCUCCCAGCUCCUAUUUCGACCGUUACUAUUGCUCGCCGGAUCCCGAUCGUUACGGCCUCGCGUGGAACAAUACACUUGAAUACCGGGUCGAAUGGAGCGUUCGAAGAGGAAUGUUUUGUAUCGUAACUGACAACGUUCCUAAAAAGAGAAUGUUUGAAGAUAAACCGCCGCUGGCAGAAGAUGAGGUAUUCCAACAUAUUUUACCCAAAUUGUCCGGUAGGUGGAACGUUCCAGGGCCGAUGAUUGAGUUAGAUCAAUGGAUUUAUCAGCCGUUCUACAAAGAAGGAUCGCCUCUUUUCACCCUACAUGUCAGCGGGACCAUUGGCGUGUUAAAAUUGCCACAUUCGCUAAAUAGCGCCAUGUGUAACAUAGCCAAGGAAGUCACCUUUCUGCAGUCGGACGAUCAUUACCAAUGCAUCCUACCGGGAAAAGAUCAAUGCAAUCCAAAUAUGCGCCUUGAACAAUGGUUGUCUCGUUUGGCCGUCUUCCGGCUUCCGUCGCAUUCUGCAUCUGCCGGCAAUUCCAACAGCAGCAUCCGAUGGGGAGAUACGGACAAGUUGGCUCCAGUAAUAAUCAGAAUCUGCGAUCCUAAUUCCGGAUGCAGAUCGGAUCUUCCAGCACCAGAACCUAGCUGCCAGAAUUCCUUGACGGCCGUGACGUUGCGAAUCAGUUACAACGGGACAGAAGGCAUCCGUUCCGUCUUGGUCGAUCUCCUGUACACGGCAGGAAAAACCGGAUCAGUCCGAUUCCGAACGAUCCAUCAAUCGUUGAGUGAAAUUCAGAAUGGAGGUGGAAGUCAUUCAGUACGAAUGCGAUCGGGAAAUCCAGGCUACCUGAACGGCAAACCCGUCCUUGCGGCUAAACUGAACUCUUCCAGGAGCGAAGGAGCUUUUCAAAGGCUGGACGUGUUCCCGGGCACGCCCAGGUCGCGAGUUAUCCGAUUCGGAGAGGACAGUUAUCAUUCCAUCCGCGUUAGCAGCCCCAAUGUGGAAAAUCGAACGGAAUUGUGCGACAAGUGGCGCCAAUUUGUCCUCGAGUCUCUCUGGGGUCCCGAUUUCGAAUUAUUGCGUCUGGGGGCUUUCGGCAACGUCGAACUGAACGAAACGGAAUUCUCGGGUUUGUGGCUGCCCGUACGCAUCCAAUCGGAUGAGUUGGUCUGCUUCAAAUCACUCAUCCAAGCUGAGUUGGUCAUCGUCUACACGAGGUCCGGCUCUCAUGACCAACCGCAAAAUAAGCUGGUGGGCGCUGGAAUGCAGCUUCGGUCAUCGGGUGCGGAGUAUUGUGUCGCUGAAUCGGCCAGCUGUUCUCUCCUGCUCAGUCAAACGGUGUCUUUCGUCAUGGCCGACUCCCCCACGUUCAUGAUUCUUCCUCAACCACCGCGUUGGAGAAUCCAGUUACCUUACGAUUUUUUUUAUCCCUUUCUUUUGUCCUCUUGUGCUUCUAGCACAAGUCCAUUAACUUUCUUCAUAGUCAUUUCAACGUUGUGUUUCAUCAUCGAUAGAUGGCGUUUGAUGUCUGAAUGGAAGUAAAAUA